UCUCAGACUGAAUUGGCGGCUCGCCCAUUCUCGGGCUGCGAGGCCUGUGUGCCGGUGAGGUGCCUAAGCGUGUAUGCGGUUGUGAGCGCGGGACUCGGGACCUGGCCCAGGAUGGACAGCCGGAUUCCUUAUGAUGACUACCCAGUGGUUUUCCUGCCUGCCUAUGAGAAUCCCCCAGCAUGGAUUCCACCACAUGAGAGAGUAUACCACCCAGACUACAACAAUGAGUUGACCCAGUUUCUACCCCGAAUUGUCACACUUAAGAAGCCUCCUGGAGCUCAGUUGGGAUUCAACAUCCGAGGAGGAAAGGCUUCACAGCUAGGCAUCUUCAUUUCCAAGGUGAUUCCUGAUUCUGAUGCACAUCGAGCAGGACUUCAAGAAGGGGACCAAGUUCUGGCUGUGAAUGAUGUGGAUUUCCAAGAUAUUGAGCACAGCAAGGCUGUUGAAAUCCUGAAGACAGCCCGUGAAAUCAGCAUGCGUGUGCGCUUCUUUCCCUACAAUUAUCAUCGCCAAAAAGAGAGGACUGUGCACUAGAAAGUUUCAGCUCACUAGCCAGGUGCAGCACAAGCCGGCUGGGCCCCAAGAAAGCCACAUGGGAAAUUCUUUUCUCAGCCCUUUUCUGGCACAAUGGGGGAGAGGACGCAGAGACCUAGGAACCAACUGCAUUACCCACACUGUACUAUCUUUUCAGUUCCCUAGUUUUCUAGAUGAGCUUU